CGGAGUCGGACCCGUGCAGCCCGCUGUGAGGGGUUAAUGCGCUCACGGAGGGAGCGCGAGACACAGAACGCCAGCUGCGCGCGCGCUCUCGGUGUGACCGUGUAUCAGAUGUAAACAGCGCACAGAGGGGCUCGCGCAACUCAGAGUCGGCACGGAAAUCCGCGUUUCUUCCCGGCGGAAAUGAAUUCCCUUUCUGCUCUCUGGAAGUGAAAGUUGUGCAGGCGGACGGUGUUUUGCUCAGAGCUCCAACGGUGUCGCGUGAGCAGCAGGUGUUGCGCCACAGUGCCUGCGGAUUCCCCGCCGCGCAUCCAGCUCAGGACGCCUUUCCGCCGGGAAGCGACGCUUCAUGGAACCAACUGAUGAAGUGAAGUGAAUAAGGUUCGGACUCCUCGCUCAUGUUCAUCUCCACCGGGGUUUUGCUGCUCUGCUCUGCUCUGCCCUGUGAAUUAAGGCUUUGGCUCAUCACUGGGAAAACCUUUCACAAUGGACAUGUCCUCCUUCAAACCCCAGCAUUUUAAUGCAACUGCAAUCUCCUGGAGUCUUUUUUUUCCAUUAGAAAGUAAAGAAAUACUCCUCUAAUACACCUGUACAUCUCGUUCAACAAAUCGGAGGAGAAUCGGUUCAUUUUUAAAGCGAGUACAGCGACUUGAUUCUUUUUGAAAACUGCUCUUUUAAGGGAGUAGAGCGAAUCGGUUCUUCUUAGACGACUCUUUUAAGUGAGUCCAGCGAUUCGACUCUUUUGAAACGACUCCUUUAAGUGAUUGCAGAGAAUCGAUUCUUUUUAAAAGCAUUCUUAACUCUUCUAGAUUGUAGCUAUUCUCUAUAAUUACUAAGUGAGUCGAGCAAAUCGAUUCUUUAAACGACUCUUAAGUGAGUCCAGUGAUUCGACUCUUUUUUUUUAAUGACUUUGGUAGAGAGAAUCGAUUCUUUAAAACUUCUUUUAACUAUAGGUAGAGCAAAUCGAUUCUUUAAACGACUCUUAAGUGAGUCCAGCGAUUCGACUCUUUUGAAAUGACUUUAGUAGAGUGAAUCGAUUCUUUAAAACUCAACUCUUAGCUAUAGUAGAGCAAAUCGAUUCUUUAAACGACUCUUGAGUACAGCGAUUUGACUCUUUUGAAACGACUCCUUUAAGUGAUCGCAGAGAAUCGAUUCUUUUUAAAAGCAUUCUUAACUCUUCUAGAUUGUAGCUAUUCUCUAUAAUUACUAAGUGAGUCGAGCAAAUCAAUUCUUUAAACGACUCUUAAGUGAGUCCAGCGAUUCGACUCUUUUGAAAUGACUUUAGUAGAGUGAAUCGAUUCUUUAAAACUCAACUCUUAGCUAUAGUAGAGCAAAUCGAUUCUUUAAACGACUCUUGAGUACAGCGAUUUGACUCUUUUGAAACGACUCCUUUAAGUGAUCGCAGAGAAUCGAUUCUUUUUAAAAGCAUUCUUAACUCUUCUAGAUUGUAGCUAUUCUCUAUAAUUACUAAGUGAGUCGAGCAAAUCAAUUCUUUAAACGACUCUUGAGUACAGCGAUUCGACUCUUUUGAAACGACUCUUUUAAGUGAUCGCAGAGAAUCAAUUCUUUUUAAAAGCAUUCUUAACUCUUCUAGAUUGUAGCUAUUCUCUAUAAUUACUAAGUGAGUCGAGCAAAUCGAUUCUUUAAACGACUCUUAAGUGAGUCCAGUGAUUCGACUCUUUUUUUUUUUUAAUGACUUUGGUAGAGUGAAUCGAUUCUUUAAAACUUCUUUUAACUACAGUAGAGCAAAUCGAUUCUUUAAAUGACUCUUAAGUGAGUCCAGCGAUUCGACUCUUUUGAAAUGACUUUAGUAGAGUGAAUCGAUUCUUUAAAACUCAACUCUUAGCUAUAGUAGAGCAAAUCGAUUCUUUAAACGACUCUUAAGUGAGUACAGCGAUUUGACUCUUUUGAAACGACUCCUUUAAGUGAUCGCAGAGAAUCGAUUCUUUUUAAAAGCAUUCUUAACUCUUCUAGAUUGUAGCUAUUCUCUAUAAUUACUAAGUGAGUCGAGCAAAUCGAUUCUUUAAACGACUCUUAAGUGAGUCCAGUGAUUCGACUCUUUUUUUUUUUUUUUAAAUGACUUUGGUAGAGUGAAUCGAUUCUUUAAAACUUCUUUUAACUAUAGUAGAGCAAAUCGAUUCUUUAAAUGACUCUUAAGUGAGUCCAGCGAUUCGACUCUUUUGAAACGACUCCUUUAAGUGAUCGCAGAGAAUCGAUUCUUUUUAAAAGCAUUCUUAACUCUUCUAGAUUGUAGCUAUUCUCUAUAAUUACUAAGUGAGUCGAGCAAAUCGAUUCUUUAAAUGACUCUUAAGUGAGUCCAGUGAUUUGACUCUUUUUUGAAAUGACUUUGGUAGAGUGAAUCGAUUCUUUAAAACUUCUUUUAACUAUAGUAGAGCAAAUUGAUUCUUUAAACGACUCUUAAGUGAGUCCAGCGAAUCGACUCUUUUGAAAUGACUCCUUUAAGUGAUCGCAGAGAAUCAAUUAUUUUUAAAAGCAUUCUUAACUCUUUUAGAUUGUAGCUAUUCUCUAUAAUUACUAAGUGAGUAGAGCAAAUUGAUUCUUUUUAAACGACCUAUUUUAAUUGAGUAGAUUCAAAGAUUCAAAUUCAAGAUUCAAAGAUUCUUUAUUGUCAAUUCACUGUAUAUCCAGGACAUAUAGGAGAAUCGAAAUGCCGUUGAGUAGAGUGAAUGGUUUCUUUCUAAAUGACUAUUUUAAGUGAAUAGAGCCAAUCAAUUCUUUUUAAACAACUCUUAAGUGAGUCCAGCAAUUCGACUCUUUUGAAACAACUCCUUUAAGUGAUCACAGAGAAUCAAUUCUUUUAAAAGCAUUCUUAACUCUUCUAGAUUGUAGCUAUUCUCUAUAAUUACUAAGUGAAUAGAGCAAAUCGAUUCUUUUUAAAUGACCUAUUUUAAUUGAGUAGAGAGAAUGGUUUCUUUCUGAAUGACUAUUUUAAGUGACUAGAGCCAAUCGAUUCUUUUUAAACGACUCUUUUAAGUGAGUACAUCGAUUCGACUCUUUUGAAAUGACUCAAGUUAGUAGAGUGAAUCGAUUCUUUAAACGACUCUUAAGUGAGUACAGCGAAUCAGUUCUUUUUAAACGACUCCUUUAAGUGAGUAGAGCAAAUUGAUUUUUUAUGCUACCCAUUUUAAUUGAGUAGAGUGAAUGGUUUAUUUUAAAAUUACUUCUGUAAGUGAGUAGAGCCAAUCAACUCUUUUGAAACGACUCCUUUAUCACAGAGAAUCGAUUCUUUUUAAAGCAUUCUUAACUCUUCUAGAUUGUAGCUAUUCUCGAGAAUUACUAUUCUAUUUGAAGUGUGUAGAGCAAAUCAAUUCUUUUUAAAUAACCUAUUUUUGAGUAGAGAGUGGUUUCUUUCUAAAUGACUAUUUUAAGUGACUAGAGCCAAUCGAUUCUUUUUAAAUGACUCUUUUAAGUGAGUACAUUGAUUCGACUCUUUUGAAAUGACUCAAGUUAGUAGAGUGAAUCAAUUCUUUAAAACUAUUCUUUUAACGAUAGAGCGAAUCGAUUCUUCUUAAAUGACUUAGGUGAGUAUAUUGAUUCACACUUUUGAAACGACUCAAGUUAGUUGAGUGAAUCAAUUCUUUUAAAACUUCUUUUAACUAUGGUCGAGCGAAUUGAUUCUUCUUAAACGAUUCUUCGGUGAGUAUAUUGAGUCGACUCUUUUGUAACGACUACGUUAAGUGAGUAGAGCAAAUUGAUUAUUUUUAUGUCACCCAUUUUAAUUGAGUAGAAAUAAUGGUUUCUUUUAAAAUUACUAUUUUAAGUGAGUAGAGCAAAUUGAUUCUUCUUAAACGACUCUUGAGUACAUUGAUUUGACUCUUUUGAAACGACUAUCUUAAGUGAUCACAGCGAAUCAGUUCUUUUUACACUACAGUUUUAAUUGAGUAGAGAUAAUGUUUUCUUUUUAAACAACUUUUAAGUAAGUAGAGCGAAAUGAUUCUUUUUAAAUGACUCUUAAGUGAGUACAUUGAUUUGACUCUUUUGAAAUUACUCUUUUAUGUUAGGAGAGUGAAUCGAUUCUUUUUAAGCUAUUCUUUUAAGUGAGUAGGGCGAAUCAGUUCUUGUUAACAGCUCUUUUAAGUGGGCAUACCAAGUCGACUCUUUUGAAACAACUCUUUUAAGUUAGUAGAGCUAAUCUAUUUGUGCAGACGAGCCAAAACAUCGUGUCAGUUUUGAGUGUGUUGCUUACACUGUUAGCGGAUUUUAUUGACUUCAUUUUGAAUUGUAAAUCUGUUCUCAGAUAGUUUACUUUUAUCACUUACACAGAAGUCAUUUUUGGCUUAACAAGAUGCUAUCAUAUAGAUAUGAAUCAGCUGAGUUUUGAAAUAGUUUUCAUAGCUGCUUAUUUCUAUAUGGCCCCUAAAAGCAAUUCAUUUAGCACAAAUCAAUCAGAGCUAAUUUGUAUUAACAAUAGUUUGUGCUGAUUGUGAGAAAGAGUCAAAUCAGCAAAAGGAGUCGUGAUGCGUAUAGCUACACCUGAUUCAGCACUACAGGAUGGGGGCUAGGCAGUCCAAAGGCUCCGAGGCUGGUUCUGGACCUUUCCAGGGGUUUUGGAGACGAGCUCAGGGCUCUGUCCUGCUCCGUUCAUCCUCCAGUGAGCGGCCAGAGAAUCCAGGGGUGCCUGCGCCUUACCGCCGUCGCGUUGGCAUGAUUCAGGACGUGCUGCUGAGAGCGAAGGAGGGGAGACAGGAGGAGGCCAGUGAGCUGCUAAGAAGUCUGAGACAGGAUUUAGGUAUGGAGUCGACGUCUCUGGAUGAUGUGUUGUACCGGUAUGCCAGUUUCCGCAAUAUGGUGGACCCAAUCACUCAUGACCUUCUCAUCAGCCUCGCUCGCUAUGUGCACUGUCCAAAAACGGAGGGUGAGUCUCUGAGUGCCAUGGAGAAAGUGUGUCGCCAGCUGACAUACCAUCUGAGUCCUCAUCCACGUUGGAGACGUCAGGGCCUUCUCAAGGAUAAACCCCACGCCAGUCUGAAGGCGGUUCUGUCCGUGUCGCCAGAUGGCACCGUGGACUUAUCUGGGCUUCCUCUUUCACGUCGUGACGCAGAACGCCUGGUGCAGCACCUUCAUCGCAACUCUGCCCGUGUUCGUAGCGUUGAGCUGGGUUUCACCGAGCUCACAGAUGAUACGCUGCUGAUGCUUCUGCCCACGUUAUCUGCUCUGCCUGCUCUCGAGAGUCUGGCGCUCAAUGGCAACCGGCUGACCCGAGGCAUCCUGCGCCAGCUCACCGACGCCCUCAAGGAGCCACGAAGCUUCCCUGCUCUGGUGUGGGUCGACCUCGGGAACAACGUGGACAUCUUUUCUUUGCCUCAGGCCUUUCUACUCAGCCUGCGCAAGCGCUGUCCAAAGCAGGGGAACUUACCCACCAUACAGGAGCAGCCAGAACAGGGGGGCGGAACAGGGGGCGGGGCAUGUGGAACUGCAGGACUGGAUGAGGUUGGAGAAGAUCCAGACUGAUUCCCGGGUUAGGAGGUGAUGGUGGUGGGUGGGAACUGAUGAAUGACCGAGUUAUGGGGAUGAGGAUGGGAUUACAGUGUUUCAUCCUACCAUAUGUGUUCGUGGGUGGAGUCAUAUCAUAAAUGCACUUCAUUUCAGCGGGAUAUGUGUGCACAGAUGGAGAGAUUUAUGUAUGACUUGUGUCCUUGCUUUACUUUAUAGCCUUCAUCAGAUAUUUCCAAUGUCAGUGGACUCCCUGGGCUCCCACCCAGCCUGGACUCUGGACCGCCUUCUUGGUUUUCCUCCAGUGAUAAUAAGUGGUCUGGGGCUGAGUAAGGGAUGUUUGUAAGAUGUGUAUUGAGCUCAACAGGUUUGCAAGACACAAAUGUGCCUGUGUGAUAUGUGUCAGAACUAGAUGGAGAAAUGAUGUGCCUGUUGACUGAAAAUUGUCCUGAAUCGCUCAUAAUUCCAGAUAUGCACUGGGCAAGUCGAGGCUGUUUUUCGUAAUCUGAUUUGGCGUUCUUCUGACUCAGGCCAGAUUUCAGCUGCAGUGUACUUGGGGUAGCAAUUAGGGAUGGGGAAAAAAUAAUUGCUUAGCUGCAUCAUGAUCCUCUUCUGAAUGAUUCGACAAUAAUGAACAUACUUCCAUUAUAAAGUCUAAAGUUUCA